AUGACGUCCGUAAAGAAGAAGACGAAGAAACAGUCUCCGGAAUCACUUCCGUAUGAUUUGCUCUUGACUUGCUUCGCACGCGUCCCUAGAAUGUACUACCCGACUCUCUCCUUAGUCUCCAAGAGCUGUCGAACCCUCCUUGCUUCACCGGAUCUUUGCAAGACUCGGUCUUUGUUAAACCACAGGGAGAGUUGUCUCUACGUGUGCCUAAAGUUCCCUUCUGACCCUAACCCACGUUUGUUCACUCUCUGCCAAAAACCUAAUCGAACCCUAACCAACAUCCCCAAGAAGAAGAAUAAGAAGUCAACUGCACAUGUUUUGGUUCCAGCCCCAGUUCCCAAUCCAGCUCCUAUGAACUAUAAAAUGGUGGCUGUUGGUUCUAAUAUAUAUGCCAUUGGCGGAACCAUUGAGAAUGCACCCUCGUCUAGCAUCUCAGUCCUGGACUGCCAGUCUCAUACAUGGCACAAGGCUCCAAGCAUGCUGAUGGACCGGAAUUACCCAGCUGUUAGUGUCGUUGAUGGCAAAAUUUAUGUAGCAGGAGGCUUGAAAGACUUCACUUCUUCAAAUUGGAUGGAGGUUUUCGAUCCAAAUACUCAAACUUGGGAGCCUAUCUCGAGCCCUCUAGAUAAGAGAUGUAGACAUAUUUACGAGAGCUUAGUGUUUGAAGGAGAUAUCUACCUGUUUGGGGAUAAUGUUGUGGCUUACAAGCCAAAAGAAGAUAAAUGGAUAGCGAUUACAGAAGAGCAUCGGAAUUUUCUAACAGGAUGGUUUCAGCAUUCUCGUUGCGUGAUUGAUAACGUCACGUAUUGUUAUUGUUAUCGUCCAGUUGGAGUCCUAUGGUAUGACUCUAAGCUAAGAUGCUGGAAUAAUUUGAGGGGUCUUGAAGGUUUGCCUAAUUUUGCUAAUUAUAGUACUGUUAGAUUAGCGGAUUGUGGUGGUAAGCUUGUUGUUUUGUGGGACAAGUAUGUGCGUGCAAGUCGGUAUAAGGAGAAGACGAUUUGGUGUGCAGAGAUUUCUCUAGAAAUGCGCAACAGUGAUGAGAUAUGGGGGAAGGUCGAAUGGUUCGACGCGGUUCUUACAGUCCCUAAGUUUUAUAGAUUCAUGCGUGCUAUCUCAGCUACUGUUUGA